AUGAAGCUCCUCUCCACUGCGCUCGCUGUCUUCACUCUUCUAGCAGCUACGACUGAGGGUUCCCCCAUGCUUCGCCAAGCCGCGGAGGGUAAGAAAAACAAGACUCCUAAGCCGGAAGUCCAGCAGGAGGACCCGGUCCAGCAGGAGGACCCGGUCCAGCAGGACCCCGUGCAGCAAACGUCACCGGUGACGUCGGGCAAGGGCUGCAACCUCACUGGCACAUACAAGAAGGGCACCGAUAUCUCAUCGUGUAGCCAAAUUACAGUUAACUCCCUCACUGUACCGGCUGGCGUCACCCUUGACCUGAGCAAGGCCAAGAAGGGUGCCAUCAUUGAGUUCCUUGGCACCACAACAUUCGGUACGCAGAAGUGGGCUGGCCCGCUUGUUUUGGUCGGCGGAACGGACCUUACUGUCAAGGGUUCCGGCACUCUCGACGGCCAGGGAAUGUGGUACUGGAAGCAGGGCCAGUCGAUCACCCGUCCGGUCUUCUUCCGUCUCCAGAAUGUUCUGAGCUCAACGGUGUCUGGCUUCACUAUCAAGAACAUGCCAUUUCGCACCUUCAGCAUCGUCACCAGCAAGGACACGACCCUCUCGGGCCUCACCAUUGACUCCCGCGCCGGCAAUGGUCUGGCUAAGAACACGGACGGCUUUGGGUUGACCAAGAACGACCAUAUUACGAUCACCGGUAACAAGAUCUACAACCAGGACGACUGUCUCGCCAUGCAGUCCAGUACCAACACGGUAUUCAGCAACAACUACUGCUGCGGCAGUCACGGUAUCUCGGUCGGUUCUCUUGGUGGUAACGCCGUCGAUCAGUCGACUACGGUCCAGGGUCUUACUGUUGAAGGUAACACCAUUGUAGACAGCGAUAAUGGUCUUCGUAUCAAGACUAUUAUUGGUCUCAAGGGCCUCGUGACGGAUGUCAAGUAUGUCGACAAUGAGCUUUCGAAUGUGAAGAACGCCAUUGUUAUCCGCUCGGACUACAGCAAGGCUAAGGGUGGGUACACGGGUGCCCCGACCAGCCAGGUGCAGAUCACAGGUGUGACGGUCGCUGGUCUUACCGGUUCGGCUAAGAACCUGUACGACAUCAAGACGAACCCCAAGGUCGUAUCGGACUGGACGUUCUCGGGGAUCGAUGUGAGCGCUUCGCUCAAAGGUACGCUCGCCGGCAUGCCGAACAACCUUGCCGUUUAG